AGAAGAAGCUUGUCUGGUGCUUUGUCCCUUCCCCAAACCUUGUUAUGUCACGUUAAAUCAUGUCAAGCCAGAUCCAACCGAGUUAACUUGAGUGUUUAAUUGUGGUUCGAACCUCACUGCAUGACUUUGCAUUUUGGUCUCCUGUUGCAACAGCUGCCAAAAUGUGUACCUGUUCUCUUUUCUCUAUCUUGUCCACAGAAAAGUAAGAACUUGUUUUGAAGGAAGGCAUUGCUUCCAGGGAAAAUCUCUGAUAUCGAAGAGGCUGCCUGCUGUCGUCCAAUCUUGCUGAGCCUCAAAUAAUCCACCAAGGAUGAGGACGCUGUCAUCUUCAUCUCUGUCGCCUGAUAGGUCCAGAUCCCAAAUACCCUGGACAACGGACCAAAUCACUUGCAUGUCCAAGAGACUGAUUUUUUACAUCAGUUGCUACUUGCUAAUUUCAGUCUUUAAGACAUGGACUUCUUAUAUUUGGGAAAUGCAUCAAUGUCUUUCAAACGAGGAAAGUGAUCUUCUCUCCUCUUUCUGUCUGUCAGGGCUGUCUCAAACUGUAUACUGAUCAAAUGAUGUCAAAUCCAGAAAGUUUAAAGUCAUAAAAUGCACAGUUAAAUAGCAGCAUAGGUACAUUGUGUAAAAUCAAGAAGCUUUAGACACAGAGAUGAUCUCUUCCUACUCACCUUUCAUCUCUUUUUGCAUUGAUUUUAUUGCACUAUAAAGGAUUUAGCACACGUUUGCUUAUCGCACACGUGAAGUCGCAUGGGAUUUAUCUUGAAAGCGACUGGUCUUGCAUUCUGUCUCGUUGUUUUUUUUUUUUUGUUUUUUUUUACUCCCUCCAUUUAUUUUUUAUAUCAUGUGUAAACACUUCUACUUGAAAAGGUAUUAAAGUCAGUCCAUUAUCUGCAUGUCAUGCACUGAUUUCUCUUUCGCUGUGCCACCUGUACAACUGUUAAUGACUAGUCAGAGCUGUCAGAGCAAAGGAACGCUGGUUUUAGUUUUGCUUCAUGCUAAUCCCAUUGGUACUAUAAUAAAUUAUUAUUACUUGUAUUAUUUAAAAAUAUAUUUAUUAUAAUAAAUAUUAUAUUAAAUAAUAUAGAACUAUUUUUAAUUGUCAAAAACAUCAAACUGAUGGUCCUAUACUUUUUAAAAUUAAAUAAAACUGGAGAAUCAUUUAAAAUUACAUUGUACUGUAAAUGCUUUCAAGGUUGUUGUUUUUUUAUGGGUGAAUGGGAGGCGCUAACUUGCAUGCAAAGAUAUAUAAACAAUCUUUGCAUGCAAAGGUUUCUAUUGUGUUUGUAACCACUAGGGGGCAAUGACUCCAUCCACCAGGUCUUCUUCUUUAAUAGUCUUUGAGUUACUGUUUGUGUUUAUUUGGUCAGUUUGGUGAGAACAGCAUUAAAUCUUGAGGUCCAGACUGACCCAUCCAACACUAACAGUCUUUGAUGCUAUCAAUACAGUGAGGAAUUUAACAUGAUAUUUGAAUACUUUAGUUACUUUAAUUUCAACCAGAAUAUAUGUGUGUCUGACCAGUGUGUAAAAUAUAUUUUGGGGUAUUGUAUGUUCUCCACACUAGUUAUCCAGAUAUUGUGUGCUUGUGCUUUUCAGAGGAAAAGGAAAGGAAAAAGAGAGGGAUGUUAUUCUUAUUGUGGUCAAACGGAGAUGAGUUCAAAACCACACAAACAACAGAAUGGGAGAACGAAACAAAAGGAGAACUGUCAGUCCUGUGUAACACCCCAAGCCAAAAGAAGAUUUACUGUACAGAAAUUUCAACUUAAAAUGAUAAACUGUACAGUAAAAGAUUCAUGACUUGAGUGUCUGAAAGCUUUCGUCCUUUUUAUGCCACAUAACACAUCUGCUUUGUUUUGCCUUGAUGUGCUGUCAAAACUUGUUUAUUAAACAUUUUUUAUUUGGAAAGACACUCGAGAAAACCCUUCAGGCGGGACCUCAAUAAAGCCACAGCGAAGAUUUCCAAAAGGUUCCAGAAACCAAGCCCACACUUUUUUUUUACUGAAUCAAUAUAAAUCUAUGUAAAAUGAUCAUCUGGAUCAAACCCAUGGGUUUAUUGAUGUAUUUUCUUUAUUUACAAAGAUGUUGCACUGAAAACUGUGAGUAUGUUAAAUGCAGCAGUCAAGAGGGACGGAGUUAAACCAGGGAUGCAAACUUGAGUGCUUCAGACCAGGGAGCGAGAGAGACAGAGCAACUGAGAAGAGAGAGAGAGACGAUAUGUUUUGAGGACUGCUUGAUUAACAAUGGGCUUCUGGGGGAGGUAUCAGAGAGUGCAAGGCCAAAAGAGAGGGAGGGAGGGAGAAAGAGAAAGAGAGAGAGAGUGUAGAUGAAUGUUUUUGUGUAACUUGUGUGCAACUGAUGAUUCUCCUCCUUCUCUCUUCACACUCACACACUUCUCUUUGGAGAGCCACUGGGAUGUGACAGUAAAUCAGAGAGAAGAUGAUUCAAAGACUCACCGGGAAGAGCUCAGUGCAACAGCAUGCGAGCUGGAUGCCACAUAAAUGAGUGAAACUGGGGAACUAUGAACCAUAAAGCGUGACUGCUUCAGUUUGGCCUCUACAGAGCUGGACUCAAACAAGAAAGAUUGGUGAAGACGCACACGGGACAAUCUUCAGAAGUGCUUCGAGAAAGGUUCUGUACUUCUGAUGGAUAUCCACGCUGCUUUUCUACAUUUGGAGCUCUGAAGCUUGGCCGAUCUCUGACCUGCUGCUUGACCUUUGACCUCUGAGUAACCUCUUAAGGAAUCUGCAAUAUAACGUGCCAUGGGACUCCAGAUGUACAGGAUGUUCUGGAAGCUGGCAUUACCUGCCAUUUUGGCAUGGACCCUUUUUGUAUCCACAGAAUCCAAGAGGCCACGCCCCCCAGGUUCUAUCCCCUCCCCUUACAAGCUCAAAGGGAAUGAUUUAUCAUCACCAACCCACACACUAGCAUCAUUGCCCCAGCAUACAUCUGCACGACGACAGAAAGGCAAACACGACAUGUUGUCGUCAAGUCGCGAGGCCCUAGUGGUCACCGAGAGGAAGUACCUGAAGAGCGACUGGUGCAAAACACAGCCAUUACGUCAAACGGUGAGUCUGGAGGGCUGCCUGAGUCGAACAGUCAUCAACAGGUUCUGCUACGGCCAGUGUAACUCCUUCUACAUCCCACGCCACCUGACAUCUCAAACUUCACAUCGAAGUCGAAAAACAUCCUCCAUGCCAGACCACAACACUUCAUUCCAGUCUUGUGCGUUCUGCCGGCCAAGCCGGAUAACCACGGUCACUGUACGGCUUCACUGUCCUGGGCUACAGCCACCGUACCGGCAACGAAAAGUGCAGCGGAUCAAGCAGUGCAAAUGUGUGUCUGUUAACGUCAAUGCUGCGUACUGAGAAGGAACAUAUAUGAAACAAUGCUUUAUAGUGUUCCUUUUGGGAAAACUGGGGCCACCCAACAAUUAAUGUGUGAAAUGUGCCAAAGACAACAGCUAAUCAGAAGACUGACCACCUUCAUUAUGUCUGGACUGUACCAAGUUUGCUAACCAGGAAUGCUUAAUAGCUGCCGAGCAGCGAUGGAACACAUAGCUGGAUUUUUCUUCUUUUUUUUUUUUUUUGGACAAAUAUAAUUAAGCUGAGAGUUCAAUUGCAUACAAGACUGAAACCGUAAAUAACAUAUAUGUGAUUUAAGUGAACAGUGUUUGACCUUUGACCUCUUGAAAGCUUUUCUUUAACAAAACAUGGAGCGUCUGUAUUUCAGCGAUCUCCUGCUUUACCUCAGCAAUGCUAUUAGAGUGCAACAGUCAGGGUUCCAGAAGUCUUGUAGCUUUGCCUUUUUCAAAUGUUUUUUGAUUAUUUGUCUGUGUGUAAUGUCAUGAUUCAAUUCUUAGCUGGUUUAAGUCUUUAACAAAAAUGUAAAAAUACAAAAAUGUUUUCCCUGUAUGAAAAAUGAAUGUAAGAAAUACUUUCGGAACCAAGGCUGCUGAAAUAUUGGGAGGACACUGUUGCACUCUAUUAGUCUUGAUACUUGGAAGCGGUCUGACCACCAUCUAUCCUCACCAUCUUGUAUUACCUACCCAGCUUUUGUAAAUAUCAGUGCAAAAAUGAAGGACAGAAGAAGACAUGAAAGGAUGCUGGGUGACUGUGGACCUUAUCGACAGGAAAUUAUAGGAAGAAGAAGAAGAGGGGGGUGCUAUAUUUUGACUAAGGAAAGGCUGUCAGUUGGGGAUAAACUAUAUUUUGACUUUGAUCAAGCCCAUAAAGAGUUUGGGCUUUACUGUUGAUGAUAAGACACAAUGUGCACAACUGAGAUUCUUAAUGGUUUAAAUCUUUACCUUAAAGGGUUAGCUCACCCAAAAACUGUAAUUCGUCCAUCUUCUACUCACCCUUGAAGCACCCUAGGUGUAUGUGGCUUUCUUCUUUCAGAAUAAUCCAGUCGGAAUUAUAUUAAAAACUGUCCUUACUCUUCCAAGCCUUUCAGUGGGGGUGAGCGGGUGUUUGUUCUCAACAGUUGAAAUAAAGUGCAUGCAUCUAUAAUAAAACGUCCCUCACAUGGCUCCGGCAGGUGAAUAAAGGUCCCCUGUAGCGAAUCCAUGCGUUUUUAUAAGAUAAAUAUUCAGAUUUCAAACGUAAUAAACACUUUUUCUCUCACUUCUGCUGACUGUUGGGAACCGGAAGAUGUGCCGGUGGAAGAUGGAAGACGUAUGUGUCGCUGGCGCCUCUGGGAAAUGUAGGAGCAAAGGAAACAAAGUGUCCUUACUAUAGCAAAGGAAAACCAGUCUCCUCUUGGCUUAUUUCAAAAUUCUCCAACCUUUUUCCUUUUCAAAUCCUUGUUUUGUUCUUUUUAAUUUGUGACUAGCAUUUAGUUUUGUUCUCUCUCCACGCUCGUCACUAACCACGCAGCACUGACGAACUACAAUAUCCAGCUGCACAUCUUCCGGUUCCCCACAGUCAGCAGAAGUGAGAAAAAAAGUCUUCUGAACUGUUGACAACAAACACCCGCUUAACCCCACUGAAAGGCUUGGAAGAGCAAGGACUUUUUAAUAUUUUUUAUAGAAUUUCGAUUGGAUUCUUCUGAAAGAGGAACGUCACAUACACCUAGGAUGCUUCGAGGGUGAGAAGAUGGACGAAUUUUCAUUCUUGGGUGAACUAACCCUUUAAAGUCUAACAGAGAAGUUUUCAUUGAUGACAAUAUUUAACAAAAUAGCAAAAACUGUGUAGAUAAAGGAAAUUAUAUGACAAAGCAACCAUAGAAAAUUUAUGAAUAUAAAAUAUAUAAUAAACAUGUCUUCUAAAAAUAAAUCUAUUAUUUCACAUUACAAUGUGAUUUUUGUAAUGAUUUUUUUUCUCUAUGCACUUUUGUGUUUAUAAUUGUUUUCUACAAUUUCUCCAAAAGGAAAUUACUUAAAAUUCAUACAGCAUCUGCUUCAGUUCAUUAAUGCAACACACCGAGAAAUAGCACAGCAAUGAUCAUGCAAGAAAUACAGAGCUGUCAGCUUCUUUAAUUGAAAAUAAAUUUAGGUCAAUUAAAGGUUAUUGGACACAGUGAACUACUGACAACUGUGCACACAAAAUAAAAAUGGUAUAAGUCAUUAUAUUUGCAUAUUUUUGUCAACAACCUUUCACUAAACACCUGACAGUUCAGUUGGAACAAAGAAACUCACAGGCUGAGGUAUAUAAACACCUGUAGAGGAUAAUAUGAUUGCAGAUUAUUAUACAGUUUACACUUGAAGAAUAAGAUGGCUGUGGCUCUUCAUAUAUGAAUCACCGAAACACAUUCUAUGACUUUACACGUCACAGAGUCAAACAUAUUCAGAGAUUGUCAUUUCUUUAUGUAUUAAGUUAUUCAAUUUUCUUAAAUGUCAUUGCCAGGUCUGCCUCAACAAACAUUAAUUAGAGGCAGAUUUCUAGAUUUCAACCUGCUUGAAAUCCAGUAUUUAUCUGCUCUUGUUCAUUAAAUAUUUUACUUCCAAAGAGUUGUAUUUUACGAUAAUUAACACACAGGUUACAAUAUAUCUUUUUUGACAUAAAAUAUUAAAUUAAAUGUGACAAGACCGAUGAGAUCUGACAGGGCUCUUUGGAAUGGUGGGGUUUAAAGAGAUAGGAAGUACAAGAGAGUGUUUUAGGCAGAGAGUGAACAUAGCGAUGUACAGAAUGGGAAAAAAUAAUCAUAUUAUUUUUUUCAAAAUGUGUUCUAGCAGCCCCCAAAAAUAAAAUUAUUAACUUGUAAGUUAUCAUAAUACGGGCACUUUAAGCUUUGUCUGCAUAUGAAACUUAAAAAUUCUGACCUCAUUCACAUUCAUGAUGCAAACUUCCUCAUGGCUAUUAUUCUUAUAUCGAAGUAACUGUUAGAAAAAUAAAGAAACAGUGAGUUCUGUGGGAUUCGGUACGCAGAAAUUCACAUCUUCUGUCCCAGCUUCUGUAGCCUUCUCUUGUGCUCGACUAAAAGACAGACCUAAAAAUAUUAAAAUUAAAUUAAUUACAGUGACUGGGCUAGAUGACGCUCAAGUCAAGGGAUUUUAGAGCUACUUUACAACUUUACAGAAAUAAAGGUGACUUUACUUGAUGUGAAGACAAUCAGACAAGCAAAGCAGCAAUAAAGGCAUGUAAUUCC